AGAGGAAGAGAGAUGGUAUGAAAGUGCAGUUCGUGUGUAGCUGUCUGCCAGACUCUAAACUUCAGGCGUUAGUGACACAUCUAAUGCAGCAUUUAAUAGGUUUACACUUCGAAUAAGUGUCAUUAUUGAAUGGGCGGAAGUGUCUACAAUUAUAGUUUAUGGAACUUGUUGCUGAAAGCUCAACUUUGUAACACAAGGCAACCUGCCCGGAUCUGUAGGCUACAAAGUAGGCUAGACCUAUGAAAACUUACGACCUAUUGCUAGUUAGCCUGUUAGCGAGCAAUUAAAAAUCAACCUUAAGAUAUUAAAGCAAUUUUAAAAGUUUACAGUAGCGUUCUUUGGAUACAUUUUCCUCAUUGAGUUGGCCAACGGUGAGUAGCAUGUGGGCCUCGUGCUGUAACUGGCUCUGUCUGGACUCGGCCCCGGGGGAGGAGAGUGGUGGCAGCACGCGGCACCAGGCCUACACCAACUCCGGCUACAGCAGCUACCCCUCACCUACCGCCGUGGAGCACACCUGCAAGGCCUGCGGCGGCCGCUUUGACACGCUGGCCAGGAAGCACGUCUGUGUGGACUGCAAGAAGAACUUCUGCGGUCGCUGCUCUGCCCAGCUGGCGCCGCGUCCGCGUCUGUGCCACACGUGCCAGCGGCUGUGCGCCACCCUCUUCCAGCGGCCCGAGCUCAUGAAGCUGAAGGUGAAGGACCUGCGCGACUACCUGCACCUGCACGAGGUGCCCACGCAGACGUGCCGCGAGAAGGAGGAGCUGGUGGACCUGGUGCUCGGCCAACAGCAGCCCACGCCCCCCGGCGGCAUCGCCAACGGCAACAACACGCGGGCGAUGCCGCUGCCCACUCAGCAGCCUCCGCUGCCCACUCAGCCGCCGCUGCCGAUGCCACACACACACGCCCGCGCGCCGAGCGCCACUCACACACACCACCACCACCACCACCAGCACCACCACCACCACCAGGGGCCUCAGCAGAACGGACAGUCGGCACCGUCAGCAGGACCGGUUCCCGCGGGCGCAACGGUGACCCAGCCACAGACGGAACCCCUUAGGCCUCCGACGCCGCUCCAGGAGGACUCACAGAGCCCGUCUGUGCCAGUGUCCUCUAGGAGGACCGGCCCGUCUGUGCCAGUGUCCUCUAGGCCGGAGGAUGCGGCAGAUGCGGAGCUGCAGGGAGAGCAGGAGUCGCAGUCGUCUGACACAGAGGAGGUGCUGGUCCCUGGGCGCCGGGCGUCCCUGUCGGACCUGUCGUCGGUGGAGGACAUCGACGCCCUGAGCGUCCGGCAGCUGAAGGAGAUUCUGGCCAGGAACUUUGUGGACUACAAGGGCUGCUGCGAGAAGUGGGAGCUGAUGGAACGGGUCACCCGCCUCUACCACGACCAAAAGGAUCUCCAGAACCUGGUUUCAAAUACCUCUGACGGUACAGAUGUGACGUCGGGCCCGGUCAUCGAGGAGAACCUGUGCAAGAUCUGCAUGGACUCGCCCAUAGACUGCGUGCUGCUGGAGUGCGGCCACAUGGUCACCUGCACCAAGUGUGGCAAGCGCAUGAGCGAGUGUCCAAUCUGCAGACAGUACGUGGUCCGCGCCGUCCACGUCUUCAGGUCCUGAAGCCCACGUUCCUCCCACACACACACACACACACACACACACACACACACAGCCCUGUGUGCCUUAUUUUUUACACAUACACACAUGUGCUCUCAUGCAAAUGCACACAAACUCAUCCAAACACCCAUAAACUGAAUGCUGACCUUUGGUGCGGUCCAGAUUUCUUUACCCCCGGCGAUGGAACAAGGUGACCCCCCCCCCCUCUUCUGCUAAUGUCUAUUAAAAGAGAUUGUUUGCACUUCAUGCAGACAGCCUGCUCUGUUCAGGAACUAGAUAAUGACACUUUUAUUACUGGACUUUGGGGCCAUCAAAGCCAUGAAUGAUUCUAAAGGUGCUGUGGCUGCUCAGCGCUGGGAUGACCGACUUCAGCUGAAUGCCCCCAGAGCAUGGAUGGGUCAGAUGCAUUCAACCCCACGCCCCUACCCCCCCCUCACAGUGACAGAGUGCCUGGGGACUCAACCAGGAAGAGGAAGUGUGUCUGCGUGAGUUACGCAGGCAGGGGGAACAGGGAGGGGGAGGGGCUCUGGUGCGGACUCCAAGUGGGAACAUGGCCGGCUCACUUGUUUCUAGAACAAUGCAGAGCAACAGCUGACCUGUACCUGCAGCUCCCGCUCACAGCGAUCACGUGGACGGUCGUCAAGAAUGACUGGAAUGACCAUUUGUGCCUGGUGUGUGUGUUGUUUGUCUGUAUGUUUGUAUGUCUGUUUGUUUUGUAUGUAUGUAUGUAUGUAUGUAUGUAUGUAUGGGGUGAGCAAAACAGUUGCCAGCCUCUCUCUCUCUCUCUCUCUGCUUAACCUAACCUCUCCUCUCCCUGUUUUGCUUGGUGAACACACACACACACACACACACACACACACACACACACACACACACACACACAGAGAGAGUCUCUCUGCCUUAAGCGCUGGUGUGGCUGAGCUUUGGGCAGCUUGGCGGGCUCAUGUUUCGGCCGGGUGGAAUCGGCCGUCUGGCACACUCAGACAUCCUCGUUUGACCCGCCAGCCAUGUCUGCCCACGACAAAGGAGCAGGAGAGAGAGUGAGCAUAGUGAUUUUGCACAACAAUGAACCCUUGGCUAAAACUGAGUUUCGGCUGGUGAACCCGCAGAACGGUUAAUGUGCAUAGUCCUUGGGGCCUACUGGGAGAACGUAUAUCAACAGCACUUUCAGUCAUGACACUGGUGGCAGAGCUCUUUUUUCCCCCCGUUCGACUCGAUUCUAACUUAGAAUUCUACUCCUCUUGUCUUCUGACACAAAAAUGCCACGGAGAAUGUG